ACCUCCUAUUGGUCUGCACACAUUAGCACAGUCUAACUCUUUGUACACCGUACAUUACCUUGAAAUAUACUAGGAAAAUCUGUGUAGCUAUCACGAAGAAUCCCUUGUUAAAUAAUUUCUGUAAAUAGAACCUUCCAAAGGGACGCAAUCAUUACUACCCUUAUUCCCCUUGAUCGUAUAAAGAAGACGGCCAAAAGUUAACAGUGACUACUAUCUUAUAACUUCCAGCCAUGUGAUAGACAAGAAAAUCAACUACUAUGAAUCAACAACUGGAAUGAAUGACACCCCCUCCCUUUAUAAAUUACCAAGAAUGAAACAAAGACGGCCCACAGCUCCAAAUUCACUCUAGUCCUUUUCUUAGGCUUCUGUUGCUCCGUCACAAAUCUCCCAUGGAGUUUGAUCGCAAAUACAGUGAUGACCUCACUUUCCGACCAACAAUUUUGCCAGAAAAUUACAUGAAAUUUGGAUUCGGAGACGGUUUUCCUUUAGAUGCUCGCUCAUCUAAUGGAAGUCUCCAAGAAGUCCACCAAAUCGAUCAGUUUCAUAUUGAUGGCUUAUUGCAAAAUUCGAUAUUCUGGGUAAAUCCCAGUUUCAAUCAGUUCGAAAUUCGGGAUCAUCCCUGUUUCAAUCAGUUCCAAACUUCAGCAAAUAGAUCUUUUUCGAAUUUCAGUAUCUCCGACUUGAUGCCCUUUAUAGAAGGUGGUGCCAUGGAGAGUUUUCAGAAUAGGCCGUUCAUGAACUUUUCCCCCAGAAUCGUGCCCGAGGUCGUGAUUGCCGAAGAUAGGAACCCCUCUUUGAAUUUUCAACAACUAGAGUCGCCUAACUUGGCAUUUGCUCCUAUUCAGAUAACAUGCAUUGCCGCAAAAAAUAGGUUUCAUAGGAAGAUGUGCAUGAUUAAAAAAAAUAUUUCAAUUAAAAGGAGAAGAAACGAUCAAACGACUGUCAAUCUGAACAAAGGGCAAUGGACCACUGAAGAAGACACACUUUUAGUGUACUUGGUGGAAAAGUAUGAGCCGAAAAAUUGGUCUCAUAUUGCUCAAAAUUUGAAAGGAAGAAUAGGAAAACAAUGCAGAGAAAGAUGGCACAAUCAUCUGAAGCCGAGCAUCAAGAAAGAUAGAUGGACGGAAGAAGAGGAAAAGAUUAUAAUUGAGGAGCAUGCAAAAUUAGGAAAUAAGUGGUCUGAAAUUGCAAAGAAAUUGGAUGGGAGAACAGACAAUUCAAUAAAGAACCAUUGGAAUUCUACCAAAAGAAAGCAAUCAUCAAAACAUAAUAAAGCUAGUUCUCUCCUAAAAGAUUAUAUUAAUAGCUUGACAGAAACAUCAAACAUUGAAGAAGAUGAAAAUAAUGCAUGCAUCGACACCAACAUACAAACUGGUUAUUUUGAUAUGUUGAUGUCUCCUGAAAAUUAUAAUCUUCAGUCUUUGUUUGAAGAGACAAGUUUCGAGAUGGAAAGGCCAUUGGAUAUAACUGAUGCACUGUGAAAGGAAGAUGGAGAAUGAAGGACUUGUCGGAGAUGAUGAAUAUAGUCAAGUGUUAUAUCUAAACGAUGCUUCGUUUUCAUGCAGACUAAGAAAUAUAUGUUCAUAUGUAUUUUAAACCUAUUAGGGGUUUUAAAGAAAUGAUUCUAGAAUGGUCCUUUUUGGGGGAAAAAAAAGAGAAGAAGAAGUUAUAUUAGUGUGAAGAAAAGAAGAAUAAGAGGUAGAAGCUAGAUAGAUAUUGUCUUAGAAGUGAAGUCAUAGUAUGGUUUGGUAUUCCUAUGGGGAUGUAGAAUGAUAAAAUUGAAAUUGUUGGCUUUGUUAGUAACAUUAUGAAAUUUGUCUCUCAAAUUCUCUA